AUGGGUUCUGAGGUCUCUAAACAGAUCCAAAGGCGCAAGGCAGUCUCCAUGGAAAAGCAAAUGCUUUUUGACCUUAAUGAAAAUUGCGGGGAAACAUUCCCUGGUUGUGAUUAUCGUCCUACUGACAGGAAGAAUUGGAUGUCUAGCCUUGGUCCCAAGGAACUUCACAUAAACAACAUUGUAUGGCCUGGAACUCAUAAUUCUGCUACCGACAGGAUAGGAAUUCCCUGCAUCUCUCGGCCUUUUGCGCAAUGCCAGACUUUGUCUGUUUACCAGCAGCUUGCUCUAGGCACCAGAGUUUUGGAUAUUAGAGUUAAUGAAAACAAUCGUGUCUGCCAUGGUAUCUUGUUGACGUACAACAUCGAUGUUGUCAUAAACGAUGUCAAGAAGUUCUUGUUCGAGACAACGUCCGAGGUCAUAAUUCUUGAGAUCCGCACUGAAUACGGGCACCGGGAUCCUCCUGAAUUUGAGGAUUACUUGGAGGAAAAACUCAGCAUGUACCUCAUCCACCAGGAUGAUUACGUCUUUGGCAAAACAAUUGCAGAAUUGUUGCCAAAGAGGAUCAUCUGUGUCUGGAAACCAAGAAACUCACCUCAGCCUAAACCAGGGUCUCCAUUCUGGAGUGCUGAAUAUCUCAAGGACAAUUGGAUUGACACAGAUUUGCCAUCCACAAAGUUUGAUAGUAAUUUGAAGUAUUUGAGUGACCAAGCACCAGUUUCAUCAAGGUAUUUCUUCUACAGAGUGGAGAACACAGUGACAGCACAGCCAGAUAAUCCUGUGGUAUGCGUUAGACCAGUGACAGGCCGAAUUCAUGGAUAUGCUAGGCUGUUCAUCAAUCGGUGCUUUGCCGAAGGUUGCGCCAAUAGGUUGCAAGUAUUCUCUACAGAUUUUAUUGGUGAGGAUUUUGUUGAUGCUUGUGUUGGCCUUACACACGCCCGGGUCCAUGGCGAGUGUUGACGAGUCUGUCAACUU